AUGCCUCGUCGGUUUAGCAACAACUCCUCCAACGACACCUCUUCCAACUCUCCGUCCUUUACACCCUCUUCGGGAAAGGGCGGUUUCUCCAUAAAGGCACCAUCGGUCAAAUCCCAUCGACUGUCCCAGUUCUUCUCGACAUCACCCAAGUCCUCCAGGGUCGAGCCUCAACCUUCCCAGGCCGCACCGCAGUCCACGGGGGCCAACCCUUCCAACGUCACGCCGAUCAGCUCGGCAUCACUGUCCUUACCGACAAUCUCUUUGUCUACUGCCACGGCUGAUAAUCCGAAUAUGGACGAGAUGCCAACCACCUUAUUCCAGCCUCCGACUCCUGAGGAGGCCCGUCGGCUGGCGAAGCAACAUGCCCAAUUCGGUCCUAUCGGUCACCCCAGCCACCGGUACUCCAGUCGGCACCCUGGCGGUGUCUUCCCGGAGCCGGUGAUGGAUGAGCCGCCGUAUUAUUACUUGCUUACUACCUACAUCAGCUACCUAAUUCUAAUUGCUUUCGGACACGUCCGUGAUUUCUUUGGCAAACGUUUCCGCGAAGAAAACUACCGCCACCUCAAGCCUCGCAACGGCUACGGCGCACUCAACAGUGAUUUCGACAACUUCUACGUCCGUCGUCUCAAGCUGCGUAUUAACGACUGCUUCGAGCGUCCCACUACUGGUGUCCCCGGACGAAAUAUCACUUUGAUCGACCGUGCUACCGAUGACCACAAUCACCAUUUCUACGAGACCGGUACUACCACCGACACAUUGAACCUGAGCUCCUACAACUAUCUCGGUUUCGCUCAGUCUGAAGGACCCUGUGCCGACCAGGCCGAAGAGUCUGUCCGCAAGUACGGCAUUGCCACUCCCAGCACUCGCGCGGAGGCCGGAACUCAAGAUCUUCAUGUUGAGGUUGAGGAGCUGAUUGCCCGCUUCGUGGGCAAAGAGUCGUCCAUGAUCUUCUCGAUGGGUUUCGGUACCAACGCCAAUGUUUUCCCUGCUCUGGUUGGAAAGGGCGACCUGCUUAUUUCUGAUGAACUGAACCACGCCUCCAUUCGUUUCGGCGCUCGUCUUUCUGGCGCUUCUAUUGCCAUGUUCAAGCACAAUGACAUGAAGGAUCUGGAGCUCAAGCUCCGUGAGGCUAUUUCUCAAGGCCAACCCCGCACCCACCGCCCUUGGAAGAAGAUUCUCGUGGUUGUUGAAGGUCUCUAUUCCAUGGAAGGUUCCAUGUGUAAUCUUCCCGGUCUUGUGGCACUGAAGCACCGAUACAAGUUCAACCUGUUCGUCGACGAGGCUCACUCCAUCGGUGCCAUUGGUCCCAAGGGUCGAGGUGUGUGCGAUUACUUCAGCAUUGACACCCAGGAGGUAGACGUUCUCAUGGGUACUCUGACCAAGUCAUUUGGUGCCAACGGUGGUUACAUUGCUGCGGACAAGGCCAUGAUCGACAAACUCCGAGCUACCAACUCUGGUAUGCUCUACGGCGAGGCCCCUGCCCCUGCAAUUCUCACGCAGAUUUCCUGCGCCCUUCGGAUUAUCAACGGCGAGCUCGUGCCCGGUCAGGGUGAGGACCGUCUUCAGCGCCUGGCCUUCAAUUCCCGAUACCUUCGUCUCGGCUUGAAGCGUCUCGGCUUUAUAGUAUACGGUCAUGACGAUUCACCAAUCAUUCCUCUGCUUCUUUUCAACCCGGCCAAGAUGCCUGCAUUCUCUCACGAGAUGCUUCGGCGCAAGAUCUCCGUUGUGGUUGUUGGUUAUCCCGCUACCCCCUUGGUUUCGUCUCGCGCUCGUUUCUGUGUGUCAGCCGCCCAUACCAAGGAUGAUCUCGACCGGGUUCUGGCUGCCUGUGACGAAAUCGGCAAUGUCCUGCAACUGAAGUUCUCUACGGGCAUUGCUGGCGGCGCUCUGCCCCCAACCGAAGAGAUGGCCCCUCCGCCGGAGAUGGAGAAGGAAUGGCACCGAAAGCGCUCCGAGAAUCUCACCCCACCCCGGUGGCGGAUCGAGGAUGUCAUCCGACGCGGAGUCCAGGAUGUCAAAUCUCCUUUGUACUAG